CACGUGUAAACGGCGAUUGGCGGAUGUCUUCAGGUACUUUUCCGUAACCACAAGGACCGCGUUUUGUGGCAGCCGGCGGGAGGCGCAUGACUGCCAGCCAGCAAAGAGCUGCUGUCUCAUCCGUGCCCAUCCCUCAGUCCCUGCAUCCGUACCGUCCCUCCCUCCACCUUUUGAGCCACUGAGCCAGUCAGCCAACCAACUAGUCAACGAAGAUGGCGCCCAAGUCUGCUGAGCAAGCGACGGCGUACUUUUGCGCGUCUGGCGCAGCUGCGGUGGUGAACUUCCCGCUGUGGAAAGCAUCGGCCAUGGGCCAGUCCGGAUACACCCUGCAUGCGAAGACCAUGUACGGCCGCAUGCUGGAGUCGCUGCAGCCGCCAUGGCGGGGCGUCUUUGCUGUUAUGGGCGGCAUGACAUGGGCACGCGCUGCCAUCUUCUACGGCUCGGAUAAGGGCCGGCACUUGCUACAGGCCGCGGGCGUCGGCCACUCUGCCAGCAUUGCACUGCCGCCAUUGGCCAUCAGCACGUGCGUGCAAGUGGUGAACAUGCCCUUGAUCAGGUGCUCCAUCAUGCUGCAAAACCCGACCGCAACACAGACGUCGCUCUGGCAAAUGGGCAAGCACAUUGUACACAAGCGCGGCUUCUUUGCCCUGUGGCAUGGCUUGAGUGCUGGCAUUUUCAAGACGGUGCCAAAGUAUGUGACGGCGGUGUACGUGAAGGAGAUGAUGGACGAGUGGCUGGCACCUGUGGACUCCACGGAUCGCACGGCUGUGCUCGUGCGCAGCGCAAAGAAGAGCGUCAUUGCCGGUCUGGCCGGCGCCACCCUCACCAACCCGCUCGAUGUCAUCCGCAACACCAUGUUCCAGACCGAGACAUCCAUGUUCCAGACCAUCAAGCAUCUGCAUGCCAAGAAGGGCUGGCGGUUCCUGUACCAGGGGCUUGGCAAGAACCUUGUUGCUGUCGCUGUGCCCGUCUCCCUCACCAUCUUCCUCACAGACGCUUUCAGCCGCAUCCUAGCGUGACCGAGAGAGAGAGAGUGUGUGUGUGUGUGUGUGUGCGUGUGUUUGUGUG